AUGGACCUGCUGACUUCGGUCUUUUGUUUUUUCAUUGUUCUUGGUAUAUUGCUGAUCUUAUCUAACGGAUAUUUCGCAUAUAUCCUUAUAACUCAUCGGGUGCUUUUACGGAGAUACUGUGCAAUCACAGUACAGUGUAUUGUAAACACAGCGGAAGGAAUUGCAUUACUGAUAUCAGGAAUAGCACGACUGAUUAUCAUGAAGACGGGUUUUGAGGCGGAAACCAGUAAACGAAUUUGCUUGCUCGUACCAUGGAAUUUGCUUUUCAUUUGGGCUGAGCCAAUGCAAGCAGUAUCGCUGCUGCUGGUCGGCAUUGACCGAUUUUUUGCAGUAUUUUUACCUAUAUUGUACUUUAAAAAACAUUUCAAAAUCCAGAUCAUUGAGGUUCGCUCAUUUUAUGGAUUCUUUGUUACUUUGCACACAACGCAGAAACAAUUUUCGCAAAACUGCGUUUAA